AUGUCCUCCCGAGGCCCCCUCGACCGUCCCCAAGGAUCCGAGUAGUCUCGCCCUAGCGCGACCAGACCCGAACAGGCCCGACCAGGCCCGGAAAGGCCCGACCGACGCUCGCCCGCAUCCACGGGGGAAUAGCUCCGGCACCUUCCGGCCCGCUCUCGCCCAUGCCGGCGAGAGGACUCGAGGAGGAACCCUAGACUGAACUCUCAGGCUGCCGACCGUCCACGAUGGGAUGCAACACCAGCAAGGAGAGCGUCCAGCCGGCCGCCGAGGAGGCCAAGGAGGACGCCAAGAAUGGCGAUAUCCCGAAGUCCUCCGAAGACGAGGCGACCAAGGCCGGCACCAAGGAGGACCAGAAGAAAUCCGACGACGCAGAGCGGAGAGACGGAGAGGAGUCUUCGGCCGAGGAUAAGGACCAGAAGGACAAGGACAAGGACGAGGCUGCCACUAGAAUACAGGCGGCAUUUCGCGGCCACCACGCUCGAAAGAGCAUCAAGGAGACCGAGAACUCGAUAAACCAGUCCGGGACCAAAUCCGACACCGAGCCGACCAAGGAGCAGCUCCAGGAGGAGUUCCGCGCCGACGACAAGGAGCUCUGCGACGCGGCGACGAAGAUCCAGGCCUCUUUCCGUGGACACAUGUCGAGGAAGGAGCAGCAAGCCGCGGCGGCUAUCGACGAGGCCGCGGGCCAACUCGCCGAUAAGGCGACCGCCAAGAUGCAGGAGAAGGUGGAUAACGCCGUGAACGAGCUGGAGGGCAUAGACCUGUCGGACCCCGACCUGCACAAGGCCGCGACGAAGAUCCAGGCGAGCUUCCGGGGGCAUAAAGUUCGCCAGGAGGUGACCACAGUCCCAGGAUCGGAGACCAAGAAUUAGACGGGAGGUGGCGGAAGGGCGGCGCGAUCGAACCUAAUUCAAUCGAGGACUCUAUCGACCCGGGACGUGGGGAUGAUUCGUUUAGAGGGAUGCAGGACGGGAUCGAGAUGUCGUUGAAUUCAUUUUCCUUUUUGCCCUCGAGAUUCUUUCGGCCGAAAAACACCGAGGCCGGGCUCGUAGCGAAGACCGGCUGACGUUUUCUCGAAGGCGAACCGAGCGGGGGUGUUCGAAAUUUUGGAACUACGAACGACUUUCGAACAUCCCGUUCCUCCAAGGCGUUGGCUCGAUUCGGCCGCGGGUAGCGGGAAAACGUCGAGAGGUCUUCGACUGCGGGACCCGGCUCGGGAAUUAGUUGCCUCGUGGAUUAGUUGCUCGGGAAUUAAGUGCACCGAAACGGAGAUAGCACCGCAAGACACGUGUAUUCUCGUUUAACCUCCCGACGACGGACGGUCGUCCGCACAAAGUUUUACAAGCUAUUCAACUUCAACGCUAUACAUUUUCGAGAGUGUAGGCAGUGAACCCUGAUCACCAGUUGUAAGGAUUCUGUCUGACAUCGACCCCUUCCCGGGAACGCAUACAUGAAUCGGGCAUAAACCAUCGGCGAAGUCCCACGGAAAAAAAAUCGUAAUAUAUAUACAUCAACGAGGUUAAUUCAUUAAUCGCUCCUAGAGGGCCGGAUUUAAGCGACGCGGAGUCAUGCGCGAAACUGUACGAAUUUAUAUUUCCGUGAAAUUAUCGACGAGUCGACUCGUCACCCAAAAUGAUCCGUUCGUCUAAAAAUGUACCGUACACGUAUGCCACGUAUAAACGCAUUCCCUCCUCGCCAGUUGCCGGGAGAUUCCUCGAGUCCGGAAGGCAGCUUUGUCUGAAGACAUCCGAUAGGCGCGAGGCAACUGUGGAAAAAUAAAUUUGGGGAAAAUCAAAGAACGGUCCCACCAACGUCGAGGCGGGACCAAGGCUCGCCGUGGUCUCGGUCGUCGGAUCGUCCGGAAGCUGGAACGACUCGACGACCGAGACACCGGAAACUCUCGAUAAUCAUCUGAAAGUUCUGGUUCUACCAGCUGUUCUUUUUGAAUCUAUUUAAAGGGAUACAAAAGAAAAAAGGAUCUCUUACCCUUUCGAAUCCGAGGUUAAGCGUUGUCAAGAGCUUCGACUUUACGACGUUCCGAUAAAUAGGUCUUCGGACGUUCUCUCAAAUACUUCGCGCGCUACACCUAGAAACGAUUACUUAGUAAUUAACCAGCCAAGAGCAUGCUCUAAAGCGGUCGCAUUUAACCGAUAGACGUAACGAGGCAUUUCGCAUUGAUCGGUAACCGUGGGAGCUCGUUCCACCGCGUAAACGAUAAUUCCCUUAUUUUUCAACGACAAGAUGCAUAUAUAUUUUUCUGCGUUAGGAUUCCACGGUAAACGAGCAAUUCCUAAGCUCGAAUCGCGAUCGCCGGAGUCAUCCUGGUCGAGCUGCGAGUUUACACGAGUCGUGUCUUUCUCCAUUUCGUCCUAGUCCCUUUGUUUGCGAAGAUUCGUUGUAGGUAUUGUUUUUAGCAGGCCUAAAAACUUUACGCGAUAUAUUGCUCUCACCUUCGUUAUCGAUUAUCGUCAAUAUCCCUUUUAUUACCUAUUAUCGAUAUUAUUGUUGCCUUCAUAUUCGCCGUGUUGUCACCAAUUUGUUCUCCACGGUCGUUCACGUGUAAGCUGCAUUUCGCCGUGUUGUCGCCAAUUUGUUCUCCACGGUUGUUCACGUGUAAGCUGCAUUUCGCCCCCUCGAGAGCACAACGUACCACGGGUCGACCUGGCGCACUUGCAGCCGCUGGAAACUGCGAAAGGUUAUUAUCGAUAUUAGGAAAUGAACAAGCGACGUUUCGACUCGACAACGUACGAGCAAAUGCCAUUUCGGGUGUAGCCGUUUGCGAGAUGUAAACCCAACUUGUCGACAGAUCGAUCCAUACUCGAAACCGAAUUCGAAGUAGAGAGCGAGGUGUUAUAACCGUUUAUUUUCAGAUUACUUUGGAUCAUUUUGCAGACCGGGUUCGGAAUGGAGGGUGAGCUGGAUCAGCCAUUAAGACGGAUCCAUUUUCGCAGCUUUAGUGUCGGUACCUUAGCGUACCUACUUUCCCCUAUUCCUUGCCGUACAAUCAACACCCUUUGUGACAUCCGUUGACGGGAUGCAAAUGUCCAAAACUAAUUCCAACGCAAUCCUUUUUCUAUUCCGAAACUGAUCGACCUCGUAAAUUGACCAUUAAUUAACUCAACGAGUUUCACCGAAGAGCUAACACAUCCGUUGCGUACAAUUCCCUCGAAUGUCCCACACGGUACAUCGAAUUUCACGUAAUGUUUAAUUAAUCGCCACCUCAUGAUUGAAUAAUUUAUCGUGCGUGUCGUACCCCUGUACACAUUGCUAUCGAUCUCGGAUGGUAACGCGUCCGCAAAACUGACGUGGCCCGAUCGCACACUAUUAUUCUGGAGUUUCGCGUUAACGUCUUUGUCUAUUCAUCAUUUUCUCGCCGGUUUUCGACGGUGUCGACGUUGUCGAGGAUACCUGCAGUUUGUUUGCUCGUACGUUUCACACGAUGUAUAACGAGUCCCGUGCGAUAUUUCGUUACACGUGACGUGCAGCGGCGCGCCUAUGUAAAUUAUCGCACGCAGCACGUCGCCGUGUACAUACAUUUUCGCUGUACCGCAACUACGGCCCUGCUGUAUGCGCGCUGUAAACCGGGACCGCGAUAUCACGGAGAACUUUAAUUUCGCCGUAAAAUCUCCUGGGCCUUCGAUAUUCGUUACCUUCGACCGACCCCACAGUGCGCAGCUCCUCUGUUCCUUCCCUUCGUUUCUUUCCUUUCUAUUAAAAAAUGAUGAAUUCCGUUCCGCUCCACACGUAGUCCCGAAUAUGAAUAUUAAUUAUUUAUUCUCCAUGUUGAUUUCUCCGGGCAUGUUCCUCUGGCUCCUUUUUUGUACCGACCAUGAUAUUGGUUGCCUCGCGUGUAUCCUGAAGAAAGGAGAAAAUGUACCAACCACGGAAUAAAUUAGAUUAUAUGUGCCCAAGGGACUUUACCGCAAUGCGCAUUAGCGUCGUACAUACGUAUUUAGGGGUGUACAUAUGCGACAGUUUUUUUUUCCUCUUCAAGACCUCUCCAGCCACACGUUUUACGACGAUCGCUCUGCAUUCCGAAGUUAUUAUGUAGAUAUAUUCGAAAAUAAGCUUGUAGACUUUUGGAGUACGACCGCCUCGCGGGCGGAAAUCGUGCGGCGGAUAGCGGACCUGUGGACAUAUUUUAUCCUCCUUUAUUUAAUUUCCCCUUAGACAUUUAUCGAAUAAUGAAUUGGCUAGUGAUUACGCCUCUACUGUAAGGAUAACGGCUAAUUUAUCGGCAGCUAGUUACUAAUUUCUGCGGUUCGUAGUUGGCCGAUUAUUGAUUAACAAUCUCAUUUGUAAGUGCAUUACUUUCUCACGGUUCGGCUCUUUACGAUAACGACUACGUCAUAAGUAUAAGAACACUUGUAACCUCUAUUGCGCGGUCGGUCAUACCGAGAAGUAUAAAAUCCGAGGUCGGCACAAUGUCUCGCGAUCAAUCAAUACAACUUUAAUGGUGCGUUUAUUGAUAAUCAAUGUUUCCAAUUUAGCAGGUACCUCGCAAUCUACUUCUACUUGUGACUGUAGUUAAUAAACAGUUACCAACUGCGGACGUCAUCUGGAAUUGGUACAUCAUCCUGAAAGUGCGGUAUUACGUGAGAAUUCGUGUCACCUUCGAUAACGUAACGUUAAUGGACCUUACCUUACGUCAGUCGAUCCGUAAAGAACGUCGGCAACCCGCAAACGUCGCGAGAACUUCGAAAAUACGCCGGAUUUCGUAUUUGAUCCAUUUGCAGCUUUUUAAGCAUGAAAAGGGGAGAGCAUAAGUUAGAGCAGGGAUGCUCGGGGAAUGCAUUUCGAUGUUCCUCAAAGAGAAACGGAGCGAGAUGGUCUAGCGUUCCGAGCAUUUGGGCAAACGCAUUUCUCCCGUAUAAGCAAGCAGUUUCUCCGAUAAGAAAUCCUUAACAAUCCAACCGUAGUAUAUUUAGUCACGCACGAGGUGCCGAGACGUCAUAUUAUAAGGGCGUAAGAAAUAAUUGUACCUUUAAACGAGCAGUAUCGUGUAUGUAUUCCGUUUGUUUAAAAUAAAUGCCAUCUAAACCUACCA